GGAACAAGAUCUUAUAUUGUCCCAAAUUCGGGUCAUCCGGAUGCCUCAUUAGCCAGUGGGUCUUCACAUGGUCCCAGAAAAACAAAGAAUGAUCAUUUAACCUUAUCAAUGAAUUCGGCUGGUGCUGCCGGAUGGGAUGGCACACGGCAACGAAUCGCGUACGAAUGCGAUACCAAGAAAAUAGGAAGAUUAUGGGAGUUGUUUGAUGCCAUUUUAUCUAUCAUGUUUUUCUCUCUGUACAUUUGGGUUGUUAUUGAGAUUUCAUUAUUCGUUAUGGAGAA